GUCCUCGUAACCGCCAGCGGCUGACAGAUCAUAUUCCAUAUAACCAUAAUGAAUUAACUCUCUUUACUGUUACGAACCUAUCAAAAUAAACGCAUGACUUAGCGACGCUCAGACGGGAUGUUUUCGCCGCAGUAUCAGGAGAUCGCUGCGGCGCCACAGGAGCAGCAGCUUGCUUAUUUCACACCUUACCAGCAACAACAGCAUUAUUCUCCUACGAUAACAAAACAAGAACCGAAAGUGCGAGUGAGGCCAUUAUGGAAGUUUCUUGCUGUUCUGCCACCGAAUUUACUGCUCGUGGGAUAUCUCAUUCUUCCCGUGGCUUUUAAAGAACCCGGACCUGGUUCUGAGCCCGACUCGAAUGUGCACAUUAAUAAGGCCGCGAUUGUCAUUGUGGCAUCGGUUCUGAUCGCAGUCGCAUAUGUAUCAUCAUUGGUAUUAGUCCUGGCCCAGAGCCAUAACGGCUCAUUCGCAAUCCAAUCCGUAUACAUCCCGUGUCUUUGCUCCAGCCUCCUCGGCCUCUUCAACGUGGUCUUCAACAUCGUCGCCCGCAACAUCUUCCCCCUCAACAGCCUCGAAAAAGUAGGCAUGGGCCUCCCCAGCGCAUUCGGCCUCGUCUACGCCCUCGCCGCGCUCUGGACGUACGGGAAAGACACCAUCUACUCAACCGAAACGCAAACGCAGUCCGUUCCUGAAGCCACGGUUCUGCUUACUGAGGAGGAGAUGCAGAGACGGCAGCUUGUUGCGCUGUUGGAGCAAGGGUGGAAGAAUGGCGGGAAGUCGCCCAGUCCGAGGGAUUUGCAGAAGACGUUUAAGGUGGAUGGGCCGGAGAGACUGAAUGUUGGGAAUAAUGAGUGGGAUCGGUAUAAGGCGGUGGUGAGGGAGGGUUGAUGUUGGAUUUUUUUUUGGGUUGUGUUAAGCGAGCUGUGUGUGUAUGUUCUAGAUGACGGGGGCUUCCGUUAUCAUUUCUUGCCUCCAUGAUCGUCCGAUGAAGCAUUUAUGGAGACAUAGCCAGGCCUGGUUAAUUGAGUUCUCCUGGACCCCUUCAGUCCGAUACAGCUCUGGCACCAGUACUCCGUACUAAGAAGUGGAAAUCUCUCCCGACAGAGGUGAUAUCGGAUCAACCGGCUGAGAUUCGGUGGUAUUCGGCAUCACGACCACUACCGAGAAGCGAGGCAGGUGCAUAGAUGAUAAUGUAUACCUAAGCAAGCACAGUUCUCAUAUGAAGCACAGG